CGCACUCAAACUUUCGGAACAAUGACCUCCCCCGGAAUUUGAUAUCUUCGCUCCUAUCAUGGACGUAUUAGGCGUCCCAGAGGCCUAUCACCUAGGUGACCGGGCUUUGGUGCGCUGUACUUGGAUUCAAGAGGUCGUUCAGAGCCAGUGCGUUCCCAGCGAUCCAUUUAUGAUCCAUGACAGUCUGGGCCAGGAUGAGAUCCAGGCUCUGCUCCGAGAGAAGAAUGCCCCUCCUCCAGAUUGGAUGUUCAUUACCAUCCAGACCUUUGCUCGCCGACCGGCCUGUCUGGUCCAACCUUUACCGCCCUUGGAUAUCAGGGCCGUCCAAGAAGCGCAAAGUAACGAAGCCUUAUGUAUGGCGGAAACUUUGGCUUAUAUUUCCAACUCAAACUUUGUGAAUAGCUGGAAAGAGAGCCACAAACAGUUUGGCUCCCAUGGGCGAGGAGCAAAUCGAGGCGAUCGUUUAAAUUUUGGACAAGAGCACGAUUUGGUUUUGCUAGAAAUUUUGCGGCGCAUUUAUCCGGAUUGCCCAUUGGUUUUAGGCCCAGAGGAGGAGGAAGCCGAGGGUAGCCUGCCAAGGCUAAAGCAAAUGUCUAAUGAGAGAAGCGAGAACGAAAGCCUGGAAGGCCCGGUUCAUACCACGAAAGCCCUGGCCCUUCUCUUGGCUGAAGACAGCAUCUACGUGAUCUUACCCUUAAACCUGUAUUCCGUCCACGAGGCCAUCACUUAUUCGACCGCAUUUUUCCAAGACCCGCUCUUUCAUCCGCUGUUUAUUAUCUAUCAAGUCCUAAAAGCCAUGCGAGACCUCCAUGCUCGGGGUUUGAGUAUCGGGAACAUUGGCUGGAGGCAAGUAUUUCUCACCGAGGACAGUUUUGUUAAGUUGGAUCCGGAUGUUGGUGGUAAUAUCGUGCCCAUUUUGAAUGUGCCGCAGGACAAAGCGUCGUCAGAGAGUCAGGAUUUGGAUGGUCAAAAUCAUCUCUGUAGCUUUUUAAAGAGUAUCAAAUCAGCUUUACAUGCCAAAGGAGCCAAAUGUGAGACCCAAGUGAGCGACGAAUCUAGAUGCAAAGCUUUGGAACAAAUCACAGCCUUGUGGACCCGAGGCGACCUAUCCAAUUUUGAUUAUGUGAUGGUGCUGAACUAUUUGAGUGGACGCUCCUUUGAAAACCCUUACCACUAUCCCGUGCUCCCAUGGGUGAAGGACUUCUCAUCAGAAAUCGGGGGCUGGCGUGAUUUAUCCAAAUCGAAAUUCCGCCUGAACAAAGGUGAUACCCAACUGGACUUGACCUACGAUAGUUUGAUGGAAAUGCAGAAGGAAUCGUCGGGUCUGAGGGCGUCUGACCCCAAAAGCGUCCAACCGCCUCAUCACGUGACCGAGGUGCUCUCUGAGAUAACAUACUACGUGUACCAAGCCCGACGAACCUCACAGUCCGUGCUUUGUAAACAUGUGCGUAACCGUUGGGUGCCAGCCGAGUACCCGUCGUCCAUGGAACGGCUUCAGGAGUGGACACCCGACGAAUGCAUUCCGGAUUUCUUCACGGAUCCCAAAAUCUUCAAGUCUAUCCAUAACGAUCUGCCGGACUUGGCCGUCCCUGAAUGGUGUAGCUCACCCGAAGAUUUCAUUCAGUGGCACCGAAGUUGUUUAGAAAGCCCGCAAGUAUCCGAGAAACUUCAUCAUUGGCUGGAUCUCACUUUUGGUUACAAGCUCACAGGCUCCUCCGCUAUCAGGGCCAAGAACGUGUGUCUGGAUCUGGUCGAGGGGCACAGAGAAUUGCGUGGACAAGGUGUUGUCCAGUUAUUCACUAAUCCUCAUCCUUCGAAGGCGACCAGUAAUCCAUUUUGGAACCGAAAAGCCCCGAGGAUAGAUGUAUUUCUGAACAGCAAGACUCCAGAAGAUGUCCCGGAUUUCCGAAUAUCCUCGAGCAAGAGCUCUAUGCAAGAAUAUGUGGAGAAUUCAGAGACGAUUUUUCUCCCCCAAGAAUUCGACCCCUUGUUGAGGCUGAAAGAAGUCGAGGCUCUCAUGAGUUUCUCGUCAAUUGAAGAUGGUCCUCAAGGUACGAAUAAGAAUACUACUCAAGCAAAUGGUGGAGCUGCCAAGGAACUGGCCAUGAGAAAAAUCGUGCAAGAUAUGCAAGUGUUGGGAUGUCUCAUUCUGGAGCUGUACGUUCCCGAAAAGUUCAUUCACUUGGGUUCGAGAGCGAGCCUGAAAUCGCGAUUUCAGACCAGCCUUCAAAUAUUAACACACGAACGGUCUUUAUUGCCUUACUUAAUACUCCCGUGUGUGGAUAAACUCAUUCUCCCAGGGUUUCGAAUUGAUCCAUCCGAUCGGUUUCCUGCGAUUUGUGAUGGUGGUCUCCCUCCUCCAUCUGCAUUUCAAUUUUUGAACCCGCUAAUCUCGCCCUUAGCUUUCCCAACUAAUUUCACCAUCUUGGCCAAAGUUCUUCGAUUUGUUCAUAACCUGGACUUUUGGAAUAAUCUUGAGCACCGCGAAGAGAAUCCAGUCCGAGAUCUAGCUGUGGGUGAAUACAAAGUCAAGACCAUCGUGAGCGAGUUAGGCGUGUUCUUGGACACGGCAAAAUUCGAGGACAUUUGUAUAAUCUUCCCACUUUUCAAGAGUCUAUUCUUAUCACCCUCGUCAUCCGUUCAAUGUGCUUGGUACCUAUUCGACCCCUUGGCGAAGGUUUUGGGACCCACCCUGAGUAAAACUCAUCUACUAGCGCUUAUACUCAAGAUCUACGACGGGAAUGCGUCGACCUCCAAGCAUUUGAAACUCUAUCAUCGGACUUUUCUCCAAUUCCUAAUCGUCAGAUUCGGUACCAAGCUCUUUCUCAACUAUUUCUCCACUUACCUCAUCGAGGCGGUGGGUGGUUACAAAGACUACGAAGACGAGCCCGCCCAUUUGCUCAGACAAGGCUUGGAUCGAGAUUGGGAGAAAGAUGCGGAAAUAGAGCCUCAAAACGUAGAACAAAGUAGAAACACCCAUUGUUCUUCAACCUCUGAUCAGGUCUCGUUGGAUGAAAGCUUAGCUGAGGGUGAGGUCUUCUCAUUCGAUCGCCUGGAUACUGAGCAGACCUCCGAUGAUUUGGAUCCGAUGAUGCAAGAUGCCAAAGUUCACGCCAGCAAAGGACUGAUUUACAUUCCCGCCGUGACUCAGAAUGAACCAAGGGAUAGUUUGAGAGUCUGGAAGCAAGAAAAACGACACCCUAGUGGCAAUGCAGGAGGAAACAUCUCACAAGUGGCUGCUGAGAGUGUUCUGUGGCUCUGUCAUCGGCUAGGUCCAGUCCUUACGGCCAAAUUUCUGUCCCGAAAUCUUCUACGAAUGCUUAAUCUUUGUUACAUGAGUUUGGACAGCUAUGCCCCCGUGAGUGAAGAGUACAUCGAUCAUCCAAUUCGAAUUGGAACCCAGAAAGUCCAUGGUGACCUUUUGGCCCAGAACGUGUUGGAGUGCCUUUCCCAAGUGGCUUGCCUUUAUGGAGACCAAAUGAUUCUUCUGCAGUACCUUCCGUACACGUGGGACCUCAUAUCAAUUAGCAAAAAGAAGUUCACGCCAAAUUUAGAAGGUGGCUUGGUGGGUUCGAUUGCGUUGUUGCAUCACAUUGUGCCCUAUUUGUCGGACUCCCUACUGAUGAACGAACUUCAGGACAACUUGUUGGGAAACAUCCUCUUCCCGGUGUUACAAUUGUCAACCUCCAAGAAUCGAUCAUUUCUACUGGGAUCUCAAUCCCGAGCGAUUCUCGUCUACAAAUUUCUAGACGUGGUUUACCUCAUCGGAUUGAGAAUUGGAGAGGAGAUGGCCAAAACACACUUGACACCACUUUGUACGGCCUUCUUCUCGACCUUCGAUCAUGUGUGGACAUCAGAGGGACACCUGGUCCCUGAUUUUCCUAAUUUGAACGAACUCUCCGAAACCUUGUCCAUGAAGAUCGCCUAUUCGGCUUACGUGGCUUUUUACAACCUAAUGGGUCGGAGUCAUCUGGAUGAAAGUAUUACCAAUCUUGGAACAAUCAAAGCUCUCUGUCUGGUUCAUCAAGACAGUGGCGAACCUCUUCCUAGACCAGCCACUCACCGAUGUCUUCGUGGUAUGAAUUACGAGAGCUCGCCUAGUUCCGGGAACAAGGUCGAAAUUUCGGCCUCCCAAGGGGGUGGGGGAAACUUCGUCCUACCCCAAGAGGAGAGCUUUAACACGGAGCUCCAUGGCUUAAUCACCAAAGAAAUUCCCAACGCCAACCGCCACUUGAAGGGCAAUUGGCUUGCUUAUUGGGAACACGAGAUCGGGAAAGCCGACGUGGAUGCCAAGUUCAGCUUGAAACAGAUCAAACUUCAAAACUUCCACGGUCACCAGGGAGCCAUUAAGUCACUAUUUGUCAUGGAUAACGAGAACUCGUUCUUGUCCGGGAGCCGUGAUCGAACCGUGAAGGUUUGGUCUUUGCGCAGUCAGGGCGAUGGCAACUCGAACAUGUCGUGUCAAUGGACGUAUCCCCAUCAUAAGAAGUCAGUCUAUUCGGUGUUCUUCAAGGAGCGUCUACGGCACGUCGUCUCUCAUGACUCCACCGUACAUGUGUGGGAUCCUUUCGUGGGAAUGAGUGUAUUCCAAAUGGAAAGUGGUCAGCUCGUUCACAACUUAGCGGAUUUCCCCGCCCCAUCACCAAUGAUUAUCACGGUCUCCCAAGAUUCGAUGCUUCAUCUCGUGGAUUGUCGACUCGGGCAAAAUGUCACAGACCUUAAAGGCAGCACGGGCACUUCGGGUCUCGUUAGAACGCUUCAAGUUGUCCCCAAUGGGUUGGAAGUCCUCCUAGGACAUGGAUCCGGAUUUGUCACCAUUUUGGAUAUCCGCACGGGGCGACUUCGACAAUCGUGGAAGGCCCAUGAAGGCGAAAUCUUAAGCCUGACCCCACUUUCCAAUGCCGAAUUCUUGACGACAUCGUUGGAUCAAACCAUGUGUCUAUGGAAUUCGAACGAGGCCAAGUUGAAACGUUCUUUACCGGGAGCUCAAGAGCCCAUUCAUUGUGUGGGGAUCAUGGGGCAAAAUGUGAUCACGGGAUCCACGGCCAAUCGAAUAGGCGUGCGGUACGGACUGGACGCGGAGGCACCUUACCAAAGCAAUAAACUAAGAACGGAGAUAAUCAAAACCAAUCUCACAUCCAUGAGGGUGUUGGCACACAAUCGUCUACUCCUACUCGGUCAAGAAAGCGGAAGCGUGUCUUUGAUUUGUUAAAAAUUAGGUUCAGAGCGAAUAUCACAAAUCAUGGAAGGAGCCGAGAUAUAUAUUUCAUAAUCACGACAUUGUAGUAAACCAAUGAAAUGGACAUGUUUUUGAGCAUUCAUAAUAAACAAAGAAAUUGUGUUAGGA